UCGACAGACCUUCAAACCCUCGUUGAUUGUCCGUGUUUGUGAUGAGCAGAAAUGGAGUUUUCUGAACAUAUAAAGACGGCGAAUGUGGAGGACGUGGUGCUGACAGUUCCGUUCCAGAAUCCGCGCAGAGGAACGCUGUGUGUGACCGGUCACCAGCUCCUGUUCUCGGACAGAGAGGAGCAGAGCACCUGGCAACUUCUGCUGCUGCUCAGGAACGUCGAUGCCAUCGAGAAGAGCGUGGAGAAUCUACUAGAGUACCCGCAGCUCCGAAAGCAAAGAGUAACUGGCUCGUCUGGGACCAUCGUUAUCAAGUGUAAGGACCUGCGCAUCCUCCAGCUGGACAUUCCCGGCAUGGAGGAGUGCCUGAACAUCGCCAGCUCCAUCGAGGCUCUUUCCUCUCUGGAGAGUGUUACAGAAAUGUACCCGUUCUUCUACCGGCCACAGGGACUCAGGCUGGGUGAAUCCUGGGGUUUAUCCUCUCCGGAAAAGGACUACACACACACAGAGAGACUGUGGGACCGGUGGAGGCUGAGCAAGGUGAACUGGGAUUACUCGGUGUGCCCUUCGUACCCGGACACGGUGAUCGUGCCGCACGCGGUGGACGACGAUGCGCUGGUGAAGGCGGCGCGCUUUCGACAGGGUGGAAGAUUUCCCGUGCUGUGCUACUGCCACCAUCGCAACGGCACGGUCAUCAUGAGGAGCGCUCAGCCCCUGCCGGGAGCCAACAGGAGGCGCUGUAAGGAGGACGAGCUCCUGCUCCAGGCGGCGAUCUGUGACUCUGAGCUGGGUUACGUCGUAGACCUGCGAUCCGCCCAGCAAGCUCAGCAGGCGCGCAUGACCGGAGGAGGGUUCGAGUCUAAAUCCUGCUAUCGCCCCUGGAGGAGACUGCACAGACAUAUGGAGAGAGGUAAGGUGCUGCAGGAGAGCUUAAUAAAGCUGGUUGAAGCGUGUGGAGACUCGUCUCAUAGCAUGGACCGAUGGCUGAGUAAGCUGGAGAACUCUAAAUGGCUUUCACACGUCCACAGCGCCCUGUCCACCGCCGGGCUGGUGGCCGAGUGUGUAGAGAGGGACGGUCACUCAGUGUUGGUUCACGGCUCGGACGGAACAGAUUCCACCCUGCUGGUGACGACGCUGGCUCAGCUCAUCUUAGACCCGGAGUGCCGAACGUUCCGAGGGUUCCUACGACUGCUGGAGAGGGAGUGGGUACAGGCAGGUCACCCGUUCCGGCAUCGUUGUGCCCACUCGGCUCACUCCCACGCCCGUCUCAGACAAGAAUGCCCGUCCUUCCUGCUGCUUUUGGACUGCGUGUGGCAGCUUUGGCACCAGUUUCCUUUGGCGCUGGAGUUUAGCGAGGCAUUGCUGCUUCAGCUGGCGCAGGAUGCCUACGCCUCCGACUAUGGGACCUUCCUCUGCAACAACCAACACGAACGAAGCGCUUUUGGGGUGAAGGAGAACACCCACUGUCUGUUCCAGUUCCUGCUGCGCUGUUCAGAUGGAGAUCAGUUCCUGAACCCCCUGUACGAACCCACCCAGCUCUCCAUCUGGCCGUCGGUUCAUCCGCAGUCCAUCCAGCUGUGGACCGGCCUGUUUCUCAGAUGGACCGAGCAUGCUCAGAUGAUGGAUGAAGCCCGUGAGGAGAUCCGGUCCAUUGUGAAAGAGAACAGAACAGAAAAGAUGGAGGAAGAUGAAGCUCUUCACAAACUCCUCACACACCGAGACGUUCUCACCUCUGCAGAGAACGACAUGGACGAGCUGACGAUACUGUAACCUCAGCUAAACUUAUCCUGCCUCAUUAAACCUUAAUCACACACCCAAUUCCAAAAAGAGUUGGGACAGUAGGCAAAACACUGGUUUGUAAACUGUAUUUUAAAGGUAUUUAAUUAUGUAAUUUUAUUGAUUUUUGUAAAUAUACCAUAAAUCCAUAAUCAGGUGUCCACACACUUUUUAAUAUAUAAAGAUCAGACUUUGACCCUGGCGUGAUUGGUGGUGGUCAGAGCAGAAUGACCACCCUGGAUCGAGAUGAGAGGAAGACUGCUGUAACUACUGUAGCAUCUCAGAAUGUACAAGAGAUGGGAAUGGGCUACACCGUCCAAAAACCCUGUCGGCCUCCACUUCUAUCAGCCAAGAACAAGAAUCUGAAGCUACAGUGGGCACAUGCUCACUGAAACUGAACAGCUGAAGAUUGAGGAAUGGUUGCAAGGUAUAAUGACGGAAUUACGUCAUGAACUUAAGUGAUAAGCUUAUAUAUAUAUAUAUAUAUAGAGAGAGAGAGAGAGCGAGAGAGAGAGAGAACACUCAGUGACACCCACUGCAUAAUUUUGCCAGGAUGUAAGCGAAUAGGAGUUUUGAGUUUCUCUGUGAUGUGAUGGUUUUGAGUGUGUUUAUGCCUCUCUGGGUGGGACCAGACCCACUGUGACCCUGACCAUGAAAAAAAUGGUUAAUAAAAAAGAGAUUGAUCAUUGAUAAUAAUUGUAUUAAUAUAAUAAUAAAUAAUUAAUUAAUAAGAAAGUGUUAAGAAAUGUCUUAAUUAAUAAAGAAAAAAUAACUAAAUAAAUCAAGUUCAUUAUUAGUAGCA